AUGGCAACUGCAGUUCAAAAUGUUCGACGAACACAGGCCCUGGACGACCUCAUCAUGGCAACAAACAGCAGCUCCAUCACCUCCAAAAGGAGCGUUGAGCGCAUUUACUAUCCCGAUGAGCCCCAUUACUUCCGUUUCUUCGUUAAGAAGUUCCAGCGAAGGGCUCCUCUUAUCAACAGAGGGUAUCAUCUUCGGCUCAAGGUUAUUGAUACGUUGGUUCGGCGCUUUCUCGAAAAGCCCUCGAGCUUGAAAAAGGUCGUCGUCAAUCUUGGCUGCGGAAGCGAUGUAUUGCCGUGGCAGUGCGAGGUGCGCUACCCGGAAGCGUGCCAGAACGUGACUUUCGUCGACGUUGAUUAUCCAGACCUCAUCGAGAAGAAACGUCGUAUAGUUGUCGAAACCCCUGAGCUUCGGGAAAUUCUGGGAACCUGGGAGGUCAGCGACAAGUCUCCAGUCGUUCUUCAGAGUCAGAAAUACUGCCAAGUUGGCUGCGAUCUUCGAAGGCUCUCCACUCUCGGGAAUAGCCUGUCCAACCUCUUCGACUUGUCCAAGACUGAAUUUCUCUUCGUGGCCGAAGUCUCAAUCACCUACAUGGACACGGAGGGCGCUGAUGGAGUAAUCAAGUGGGCGGGUACCAUUGAGAAUGCUGAGUUUUGUUUGCUGGAGCAGAUUCUGCCGGACGGACCCGACCAUCCGUUUGCCCACACAAUGCUCAAGCAUUUCAACAAGCUGAAUACCCCAAUCAAAUCCGUCCAUCGCUACCCAACUGUUUCAAGCCAGGAGGACCGAUUUGCGACGCUGGGCUGGCCUAAAGUCGAAAGUUGGACCCUCUGGGAGGCUUGGGCUGAUGAAUUGUUCAUGACGUCGAUGGAGAGGAAAGCGCUCGACGCCGUCGAACCUUUUGAUGAGUGGGAGGAGUUUGCUCUCUUUGCCAGUCACUACGUUGUCAUCCUUGGAUCCACCCAGGGACGUCAGGAACACGCCCAUCUCUCUCUGAAAUCCGAAGACUCAGGCAUUAAAUCAUAUCAGACUCCCAUGUCCUUGUCUGCGUACGAUUCGAGCCGAGGUCGUCGACGCUUUGGCGCUGCUAUGCUUGUGGACAAGCCAGAUGGGCAGACUAUCGUGUCACACGUUCUCGGACAAGGGCCAAACGGUAGACUCAACUCUGAGGACUCGUAUCAAAUCUCCAGCCAUCGGUCACCUUCUAGCGCCCCCCGCAAUGGCCCGUCAGGCAGAGUCUGCCAUACCCUGACAGACCUAGGCAACGUUGGUGUUCUCCUCGUUGGAGGACGGACAUCUCCAUCUACAGCGUUUCAGGAUUGUUGGCUCCGCAGGAAGGUCUUCAAUACUUGGGAACGCGUGCAAGACCUCCCAUUGUCUCUGUUUAGGCACUCUGUGACGCGACUUGGAACUUCGUUUCUCGCCCUGCUUGUUGGAGGACGAUCAAAUCAUCCACAGACAUCUGCGAGCUGUCUACUCUUCGACCCUUCCAGGGGCUGGACACCAUGCAGCACCCAGUCUGCUCCACCAGCACUCUGUGGUGCCAUCCUCACCUGUAUCGGCAGCAGUGGAUUUGGAAAGUACGAGGGCAUUCUGGCCGGAGGCUUGCUCGCAGAUGGUCUUGUCAACCAGGACACAUACAUAUGGUCAUUGGAUACAUCUGGCCCCGAGCCCUUGAUUAUCUUUGAAAAUAUCGGCGCGCGUAUCAAACAACGCACGGCAAACCUUUUGUCCAGAUUCGGCUCCACAGCUACGUUAGUCAAGGGGUACGUUCUCAUAUUUGGAGGCGUAGUGAAAGACGUUCAGUUGCCUGCGGCGGACGAUAUUCUCGUUCUGAAGGUAGCACAUCGUGACGUGGAAAUUGUCGCCAAGGUUGAUGGAAUCAGCAGUGCUGGCAUUUUGCGUCCUUUCCUCGUGGGAUCUUCCGUUGUUUCUUAUGGUGAUGGGAACAUCGCCAUCGUUGGAGGGGGUGCAACGUGUUUCUCAAUGGGAACGUGCUGGACACCAGGAAGUUACAGCCUCACUUUUGAAGCGGACCGACUAUGGGAGCACAACAAGUCACCACUUUAUCCCCAUGCAUUACCGCCGGUAAAGUACUUGGAGACGGUCGAAAUCACGAGGACGGACGCGAAACAGAAUACCGAGCUUUCUGCACCUGCCACUCUCCAGCCCAUCCCUCGCGUCAAAAUUGAAUCCAAGGAGCAAUUCCAGUCAGUCUUGGACGAGGGAAACCCCGUUGUCAUUGUGGGCUCAGAUAUCGGCUGUUGCAAGUCCACGUGGUCUCCCGAAUAUCUUGUCGACAGUGUUGGGCCACACCGUGAGGUAUCAAUCCACGAGUCUGCAACCGAGAAGAUGGAUUUCAACGCCAAGAACUUCCGUUACGUGACCAAGAAGUUUGCCGACUUCAUCGAGGAGGCACGAAACGGGAAACGGCUCUACAUGAGGGCACUUUCCAACGAAGAACCGUCGAACCGUCCCACCCAACUGUCUGAGGACUAUCCUUCCUUGGCGAAAGACUUCACAUUACCCUCUCAGCUUGCUUUUGUCAGCGACAAUACUUUUAGCUCCGUUCUGCGCAUCUCCGGUCCCGUGAAUAUGUGGCUGCACUACGAUGUCAUGGCAAAUGUCUAUGUUCAAGUCGUGGGUUCAAAACGUCUCAUUUUGUUCCCACCUUCGGACGUCACCCAGUUUUCUUUUGCUCCUGGUGCAUCCAGCUCCAGCGUUGACGUUUUCUCAUCGCUUGAGUCCGACUCACUCCGCGGUGUUCACCCACACGAAGCUCUUCUGACGCCGGGAGACAUCCUCUUCCUUCCACCUCUCUGGCUCCAUACUGCCACGCCCACUUCGCAGUUGAGCGUCGCUGUCAACGUAUUCUUCCGAAACCUACAAAAAGGAUACUCGGUAGGAAGGGAUGUCUACGGCAACCGUGAUCUAGCCGCCUACGAGAAAGGACGCCAGGAUAUUGCACGCCUAAGAAGUGGUUUCAGCAAACUCCCCCCAGAUGCCCGAGACUUCUAUCUUCGACGCUUGGCAGAUGAGCUCUUACAGUCAAUAAAGGACGUGUAG